GCGUAUGUGUAAACCAAAAAUAGCAUAUGACGCGAAAGGUAAACAAUGAAUACACGUGUAAGGAAUGUUUACAAACCUGAGCGGAGGUAAUGCGCAAAAACAGAGUAGUUACUCACUUAGCAUGGAAUAAAAGGCUUUGAUCAUCGCUUGAAAGGGAUUUCUUUAAAGUAAACAUGGAUGUUGAUGACUGGCGGGCAGGGAAGAACGAACUGCCGGACCGCUACAUGCACAUGUUCGAAAACCAGAUAGGGUGCGACGUGACGUUCUCUUUAGGAGAAGACAAGAAGAUAGCCGCCCAUAAGUUUAUCCUUAUAAGCAGAAGUGCCGUGUUCGAGACCAUGUUCUGUGGAUCCCUUGCCGAGAAAACUACCAAGGUUAUAAAGAUUCCAGACAUUGAGGUUGAGAUAUUUAUGGCGUUCCUGAAGUUCAUGUACAUGUCAGAGAUAGAUCUCAAUGAUCAGAAUACCCUACCAAUCUUAUACGUGGCCCGGAAGUACUGUGUCGAGGAUUUGGUGAAGAUCUGCGCGGAUGUUUUACGUGCGAAAAUGACGCCGGAAACAGUUUGUGAAAUUUUGGAGCAAGCCCACACUUACGACAUAAACGACCUGAAGAAUAUGUGUUUGCAGUUCAUAUUUGAGAACGGAAACUCCGUUCUUAUGUCUGCUGGUUUUAAAGAAUUGUGUUUCGACUGUGUGCAGCAGAUAAUCAAAUCGAACGACCUGUUUGUGGAGGAAAGUGAUGUCUACAUGGCUCUCACUUCCUGGGCAACUAAAGAAUGCGCCCGAAGAAACCUUGAGACACACGGGACCAACAAACGUGCUGUUCUCGGUAGUCUGCUUUUCAAAGUACGGUUUCCAACAAUGGACCGCAUUUUUUUCACUGAUGUUGUGUCAGCAGACGACAUUCUAACAGACUCCGAGAAGAUCGCAUUGUUUCAGCACAUGUUUGGGUCAUUUAGCAAGCAAGAUCUCGUAUUUCCUGACGUGAAACGAGAAGCACGACUUAUCAAGUGCAUGCGGUUUCCGAAGAAUGAACACGGUGGCAUAUGCUGUGAACCUGGCUUCAAGAACUCGAACUUCGGCAUUGACGUACGUUCGUCAGAAGACAUAAUGUUACAAGGACUGAUUCUAUUUGGUGCAUGCUCUAGUUCCACCGGGUCUAACCAGUCAGAUUCCGUUUUCAAAGGAAUGUCUCCUGCUAACCCAGUAGAAGACCAGCAUGUGAAAAUUGUCAUUUCCGGUGUUCCACAGCACCAGUCAGAAACGCUGACGUUUGAAUACGACAACGUCGAUGUCCCGUUACAAGAAGUAUACCACCUGUUCCUUAAGGAACCGGUACUGCUGAAGAAAUGUCGCUUGUAUGCAAUCCAGGUCAAACUGGAUUUGUUUCUUCCAUAUCAGACAUACAGCGGAGUAAAUGGGCUUUCAGAGGUCGACAGCGGAUCAAUCAGAUUCAACUUCCAUACCCACCAGUCUUUGAUAGCUACGACAGUAGAAAAAGGUCAAAUAGCCGGACUACUUUUCUGUAAGGUUCCGGACCCAGAGCGCAAUGAAACUUCACUGUCUCCACGUGGCUCGCCGGUGAAACGGGACAUGAGAGAAGAUUUUCGCUCUUGUUUUACCAAGAAGGAACUUUUUCCAUCAAGCUCUUAUUAGACCAGGAAUCUAGAAUUUCGCAGAAGUAGUCACGAGUUCAUCAGUGUGAUAGUAAAUCAGAUAAUUCGUACACACGUGCGUAUAAUAUGUAUUGAAGGCUUUUUGUGUAAAAUUGCAUUUACCGCUUUUUAAUAUUUUGUAUAUACAUAUAUAUCAUAAUACAAAACUGAAAGACAGAUUAAUUAGUACUAGUGCAUAUAAUAAUCAGAAUCUAUCCCAAGCUUUUUGAUGCUGCUGUAUUAUGUAUCACCAUUGGAUUCAUAUCUACUUCUGAGUGCCUAUUUAUGAAAGACAAAAUGACAUUUUUCGGAAGGGAGACAUUAAUGUAACGUGCAUGAAUGUGGACAUAUUCAAGAGUUACUUCUCUUCCAUAUGUUUUGUAUAUAAGCAGAUGAUAAUACCAUUCGUUAUGUUUGUUAACCGUCUAUAAACACUUAAGAUGCUAUAUAGUAUUAUUUUCCUCACUAUGUGGGGCCAUAUUUAUUUCUGUCAGGGCGUCCGUUCCGUCCUUUUGCCCGUCACAAUAUCGUUACCGCUGUACGUUGAUAUCAGUUAUCAGGUAGUCACUACUUUAAGCCUUCUCCAUUAUCUUCUUAGCCUCUGAAUGGUUUUCAGAUGAAAUGGUCAAUAAUGUUAACACGAAAUGAAAAGAACAACUUUCGGCCACUUUAUUUUCAUUCUCAUCCAUCAGAUGUUCGUCAAAAUCCCGAGACCGGGGAACCACGGUAGACCUCUGGUAUGCGAGAAUGCUUUAUUUUAAGAUCAAAGUCAAACACUACAGAUACGUCAAAGGUCAAAUAAAUCGAACAGUUGCUCAAUAUUUUGUAAAAUCUUUAAAGAUAUUUUUUGUUUCUUGGCUGAACUGUGAGACGUGCAGAAUGCAGCUUUUGGUCAAGGUCAGUGUCACAAAGGCUAUUUCCAUGUCUGCGAAGUAUAUUAAGCUCCUAAAAUGUUUAAAAAUGAGAUCAAAGGUCAGUUGUGUUUAACCAGUUAAAUCAGUAUUAUCGGUAUUACCAGGCACUUACUGUAAACAUGCGAAGACACCUUAAAGUUAUGUCAGUUUAAGGUCAAGGUCAUCUGUUCGUGCUUUAGCCAGAUAUUGUGUGUAAAUUCACCCGUCCAUUUAGUGUACUAUAGGGAGACAUUUGCUUCUUUUCUAGAAGAAUCUGGUCUGAGUGUGUUAACUGCUUCAUCCAUUGUAUGUACAUCUCCCGUCAGUUUUAUUUUUCAUAUAAUCAAAAUUAGUACUUGAUUAGAGGCCGUCUUCAGCAGUUCUUUUUCAUCCGAAAACGGCCGCAAGAUUUUCAUAUGUAGAUUUCCUCAUAAUUACUCUAAAGUUUAUGGAGCUAUUUCAUGUUAUUUGUGAUAUGUCUUGUAAUAGAUAUCAUUUCUUCCCUGUUGUUAGAAGCGCCGUUUAUUGCUUAUAUCUUUAUCAGCGAUUUUAUUGCAUUACAAUAAAUACAUCGUACCAAAG